UUCCCUGUGUAUCUCUCUCUUUGGAUUGAGUAAGGUUUAUAGAAAUGGGUUCCGGGGUUUAUUUGGCAUCUUUUGCUCUUUUUCAUGCUGUGUUUCUUCAUCUUCCUCUUCAUCACAAAGCUGAAGCUGCAAGUGAGUGCGAUUUGUUCGCAGGAAGAUGGGUAGUGGACAAAUCAUACCCACUUUACAAUACAGCCGCAUGUCCUUUCAUUGAGAGGGAGUUCGGUUGCCAGAAGAAUGGCCGUCCCGAUCUCGACUAUACCAAGUAUAGAUGGAUGCCCCUUCACUGCGAUCUUGUUAGAUUUAAUGGCCAAGACUUUUUGGAAAGAUUCCGAGGGAAAAGCAUCAUGUUUGUGGGAGACUCGCUAAGCAGAAACCAGUGGCAGUCAUUGACAUGCAUGCUUGUCUCUGACGUUCCCAAUGCUAAAUACAAUUUAACAAGAGAAGGAGAUGUUUCCAUAUUUGCAUUUACGGAUUAUGGAGUGAAAGUAAUGCUUGAUCGGAAUGUGUAUUUGGUUGACAUUGUCCGAGAACGAAUUGGUAGGGUCUUGAAACUUGACUCAAUUGUGGGAGGCAAGUUAUGGAAAGGAAUCGACAUGCUCGUCUUCAAUACAUGGCAUUGGUGGAACCGUAGGGGACCAUCCCAACCAUGGGAUUACAUCCAAAUUGGAACACAGAUUACGAAGGACAUGGAUCGUUUGCUUGCUUUUGAGAUAGCACUUAAAACAUGGGCCGGAUGGGUGGAUUCAAACAUUGAUCCUACCAAGACUAAGCUUUUUUUCCAAGGAAUUUCCCCAUCUCAUUACAAUGGGAGCUUAUGGAAUGAACCAAGUGCAAAGAGCUGUAUCGGGCAAAAGCAACCAGUGUUUGGCUCAACAUAUCCCGGAGGUUUGCCGCCAGCUGUUGCGGUGCUCAAGAGUGCAUUGAGCAAGAUUACAAAACCCGUCACAUUGCUUGAUAUAACAACUCUCUCUCUGCUACGUAAAGAUGGACAUCCUUCCAUCUAUGGACUGGGGGGCCCAACCACAAUGGACUGCAGCCAUUGGUGUCUUGCUGGUGUUCCUGAUACUUGGAACCAGAUUCUUUACAAUCUUAUUCUUUGAAAUCGAUUCAUGGAGAUUAGCACUGAAAAUUCAAUACAUUUUUUCGCAAUAAUAAGAUCUUCGUUGCAAGCUA